GCACGUCCUCUCUUUCUUAAAGAAUUAUGCAGACUUCAUCUCUGUGAGCGGGCGACACCUAAGCAGCAUUGAAACUACUCAGGAGGUGCUAUGUCAGGGCUUUUUUAAUCCGCAUGAACAUGUGACCGAACUGGGCGCUCACAUGGCUGCAGUGGCUUCAUGAUCCGCUUUAGUUCCGUGGUUGUGUUUUUUUAAAGUCCGGUGAUCGGUAGCUUCCUCCGCAGCGCAGCGACCAUCCGUAGCAGAGGACCGCUGAAUACCGCAGCGCUUUACCCGGACAGACCAUGGCGAGCAGCGGGCAGAAAGUUGUGCUGAUCACCGGCUGCUCCUCCGGCAUCGGGUUACGAAUUGCCGUCACGCUGGCCAAAGAUGAAAAGAAGCGUUACCAUGUCAUUGCCACUAUGCGAGACCUGAAGAAGAAGGACAAGUUGGUGGAGGCAGCUGGAGACGCGUACGAGAAGACCAUGACUUUGCUUCCAUUAGACGUCUGUAGUGACGAGUCUGUUCGUCAGUGUGUUAACAGUGUAAACGACCGCCACAUUGAUAUUCUGAUCAACAAUGCAGGUGUGGGCUUGCUUGGCCCCGUGGAAAGCAUCAGCAUUGAAGAAAUGAAAAGAGUAUUUGACACCAACUUCUUCGGUGUGGUUCGUAUGAUCAAAGAAGUGAUGCCCGACAUGAAGAAGAGGCGUUCAGGACACAUCGUGGUCAUGAGCAGCGUUAUGGGUCUCCAGGGAGUGGUGUUCAAUGAUGUUUACACCGCCUCUAAGUUUGCUAUGGAGGGGUUCUGUGAAAGCAUGGCUGUCCAGCUGCUGAAGUUCAAUAUAAGGCUGUCCAUGAUUGAACCUGGCCCAGUGCACACCGAGUUCGAGACCAAGAUGAUGGAGGAUGUGGCUAAGAUGGAUUUUCCUGGGGUUGAUGCAGACACAGUUCGAUAUUUUAAAGACGUUUACCUGCCAUCAUCUACUGAUAUAUUUGAAGCCAUGGGCCAGAUGCCAGAGGACAUAGCUAAAUGCACAAAGAUGGUUAUUGAGUCAGACAGUCCUCGCUUUAGGAACCUGACCAACAGCCUCUACACGCCAAUUGUGGCCUUAAAAUACGCAGAUGAGACUGGCGGCCUCUCUGUGAACACCUUUUACAACCUGCUCUUCAAUUUUGGCCCUCUCAUGCACAUUACCAUGAGCAUCCUCAAGUGCCUGACAUGUAGCUGUCUGCGCAGACGCACCAUCUCUCCUAACUGACUGUCCUGUCGUUUGCCUGACCCUGCCAGCCCCCUCUGUGUCUCUCUCUGACGGUGUGGGCUGACCAGUUAGCAUUGAACCUGCAGCUUGGCUCCUUCCAGUUCAAAGACACUACCAUGAUAAGCUUUGAGAGACAACUUGCACAAUUGCACAUAUUUUUUCACAUACAUGAUGCAGGCAGGGUGUCCUAAUGUACUGAGAGAAAAGCAAACACACCAAGGCAGGGAAGAUAAACAGCAACAACUGCAGAUAUUUUAUUUUAAAAAUGCCACAAUUUAUUUUUCUAUGAGAAGAGCUCGUGUUAAACUCACGUGUUCUGUCAGCGCACGGACAGGACAUGAGGUCGAAGUCUCUAGGAUGAACAUUAAAGCACAAAAAAGUAAACUCAGCUGAUAUUUGAAACUUUGAAAUUAUUGAAAAUAUAAGAAAAAAUAUAGAAAUAAAAUAACUUGUAGCGUAAAUAACUUUACUGUCGGGCUCACCAGAGUUAUAAUGUUUAUUACAGAGUCAGAAUUUAUUAAUCUGCUUUUAAUGUAUGCCAUUCUUAAUUUUAUGUUUGUCUCAAUGUAGGGUUCUCAUGGUCAUAACUGCUGUUGAAUCGUCAUAAAUAGUUUUCUUUGGGGUUUUAAAAUGUUAAACUAUAGAUCAGAUCAUUUUAAUAAUUAAGUUUGUUUUCGAAAUAAACAAUUCUGACUUACCCAA